AUGGCUCGCUUGCAGCGUGUCUUUACUCUUCCUCCGCUGAGCGUCACGAGAACUCUGCCUGGGUCUCUGAACCGUCCGUCCAGACUCAUCGUGAGCCAGGUCCAUAGACACAAGACGUCUCUUCCUAACAACUUUUACGACUAUAAAAACAUUGAUUGUGGAUUCAACCCACAAAUCCCGGAGUAUUUCAACUUUGCCAGAGACGUCUUGGACAAAUGGGCAGACAGGGAGAAGGGUGGAGAGAGAUCUUCUCACCCUGCCUUAUGGUGGGUGAAUGACAGAAAGGAGGAGAUUCGGUGGAGUUUUGAGGAGCUGGGCUUCAAUUCCAGAAAGGCUGCAAAUGUCCUCUCUGGAGCCUGCGAGCUCACCAAACUGGACCGCGUAUUCCUCAUUUUACCUCGAGUACCGGAGUGGUGGCUGGUGAACAUCGCCUGCUUAAGAACUGGUACGGUGCUGCUGCCAGGCACGUCUCAGCUGACAGCCAGAGAUAUCCUGCACAGGCUGCAGACCUCAGGGGCCAAAUGCAUCAUCACAGAUAACUCCCUCGCCCCACUAGUGGAGGCAGUGGCCCCCCAGUGCCCUGCACUGCACUCCAAAGUACUAGUGUCUGAUGAGAGAAGAGAUGGGUGGAGCAACUUUGGGGAUCUGAUGAAUAAUGUAUCCAGUGACCAUGAAUGUGUGGAGACUCGUAGUGACGAUCCUAUGACCAUCUUCUUCACCAGUGGGACCACAGGGUCCCCCAAGAUGACCCAGCACAGCCAUUGCAGCUAUGGGAUAGGCCUCAGUGUCAAUGGCAGGUACUGGUUGGAUCUGACGGAGCAUGACGUCAUGUGGAACACGUCAGAUACAGGCUGGGCCAAGUCAGCAUGGAGUAGCGUGUAUGCCCCUUGGAUCCAGGGAGCCUGUGUCUUUGUACACCACAUGCCCCGCUUCAGCACCUCCACUGUGUUAGAGGCUCUCUCCAACUACCCCGUAACUACGUUCUGCACCGCUCCAACUGCAUACCGCAUGCUUGUCCAAGAGGACAUGUCCAAGUUCAACUUUAGAUCAUUGCAGCACUGCCUGUGUGCUGGUGAGCCUAUUAACCCCGAGGUAAUGCGGAAAUGGAAGGAGGCUACUGGUCUUGAUAUCUAUGAAGGAUACGGACAGACAGAAACUGUUUUGGUAGCUGGUAACUUCAAAGGGAUGAAGAUAAAACCUGGAUCUUUUGGAAAGGCUUCACCGGCAUAUGAUGUGCAGGUUGUGGAUGACAAUGGUGUUGUCCUGCCCAGAGGAAUGGAAGGAAAUCUUGGCAUCAGAGUGAAACCCCACAAACCGUUCUCUCUCUUUACUGAAUACACUGGUGAUCCCAAGAAGACAGAGGAGUGCUACAGAGGGAAUUUCUAUCUGACGGGGGACAGAGGCAUGAUGGACGAGGACGGCUACUUGUGGUUUGUGGGGCGAGCUGAUGAUGUCAUCCUCUCAGCCGGGUACCGGAUCGGCCCAUUUGAAGUGGAGAAUGCUUUGAUAGAGCAUGAGGCUGUGGCUGAGUCAGCAGUAGUCAGCAGUCCGGACCCGAUCCGAGGGGAGGUUGUGAAAGCAUUUGUCGUGCUGACGGAAGAAUAUAGAUUUCACGACAAAGAGCUACUUAUAAAAGCCUUGCAGACCCAUGUGAAGAAAGUAACUGCGCCAUACAAGUAUCCACGCAAGGUGGAGUUUGUGGAGCAGUUGCCCAAAACUGUCAGUGGAAAGAUCAGAAGAGUGGAGCUACGCAGAGGAGAAUGGGGACGGGUCUGAAGCGGAGGUCAACAAAUGCAACAGUCUGUUCAAUUCAAUCUGGGACUGGGAUUUAUGCAUGUAUAUAUACUGAUGAGCCAAAACAUUAUGACCACUCACAGGUGAACCGAAUAACGUUGAUCAUCUCCAAACAAGGCCACAUGUCAAGGUCUGGGUAGAUUAGAUGGUAAGCGAACAACCAGUUCUUGUUGUCAACUUGCUGGAUGCAGGAGAAAUGGGCAGGAGUAAAGACCUGAGCGAUUUUGACAAGGGCCAAAUUGUUAUGGCCAGAUGACUGGGUCAGAGCAUCUCUGUUCGAACCCUGGGGCUACCUGACGGGUCGCUCCUACCAAGUGACAUGGAGGAGAUCUGUGUCGGAACCUCGCAGACUGACUUCAGGCAUUCCACAAGGUUCAGUUCUGGGUCCUAUCCUUUUCUCCC